UAUAGCUCGAACUAUUCACAAUUCCUAAACAUUACCUUCCCUACCAUUCUUUCCUAAUUUAAAAAUUUGGAAGCCGUUUGUAUCGGUGGUCCCCAGGAUUUUGUUUCUUUCUCUCACUUCCUUUCUGGAAUCCAUUGCCAUAUAAUAUACUUCUAGCCUCAAUUUGUCAACAAAUCCCAGCGAACAUAUAAUUCCCGAGCCCUGUAAGUAUCCCCUUGCUUUCCUUGUACCUCUCUGACCUCUCGGCUCUUAAACCCUGCCUUUAAGACUUAAUGGUCUUGGAGGAACCGAGGGAAGAAGGAUAUGAAUGGCCGGGGGAAGAGAGGGACGGAAGUGGGGAGAUGGCUGGGAUUUGUGACGGCGGUUUGGGUGCAGUGCAUCUCCGGGAACAACUACACUUUCUCCAAUUACUCCAGAGCGCUGAAGUCGUUGAUGGGCCUCACUCAGCUGGAGCUCAACAAUCUCUCGGUGGCGAAGGACGUCGGCAAGGCCUUCGGCCUCCUUGCCGGUCUCGCCUCCGACCGCCUCUCCACCCCUCUCAUCCUCCUUAUCGGCUCCCUCGAAGGCUUCAUCGGCUACGGCGCCCAGUGGCUCGUCGUCCGCCGGUCCAUCCCACCUCUCCCCUACUGGCAGAUGUGCGUGUUCCUGUGCCUCGGCGGUAACAGUACCACGUGGAUGAACACGGCGGUUCUGGUCACCUGCAUGAGAAAUUUCCGGCGGAAUCGAGGGCCGGUGUCGGGGAUCUUGAAGGGCUACGUGGGUCUGAGCACCGCCAUCUUCACCGACUUCUUAUCCGCCCUCUUCGGCGACGACCCGGCCGCCUUCCUCCUCAUGCUCGCCGUCGUCCCGGCCGCUGUCUGCACCGCCGCCAUGUUCUUCCUCCGCGAGUCCCCCGCCGGUGCGGCAACGGCGGAGGACGAGACCGAGACCAAGUGCUUCGGGGCGAUAAACACGAUGGCGGUGGUCAUCGCGGUCUACCUCCUCGCCUACGACCUCACCGGCGACCACGGUGCUGCCGUGUCCCGCGUCUUCGCGGCCGUCCUCCUCGUCCUCCUCGCCACCCCGGCGGCGGUCCCGAUCUACGUAGCCUUCAAGGCAAGAUCCAAGAGCAUGGACAUGGAGGAGGGUGAGAUCAAAGAAGCUCUCCUGAUCGAGGAGGUGGCGGUGGCGCCGCCGGCCAUGGCGGAGGAGACGGAGGAGAGGAGGAGAGGGCCGGCGAUCGGGGAGGAGCACACGAUAUGGGAGGCGGCGAAGACGGUGGAUUUUUGGAUACUUUUUAUUUCGUUUUUGUGCGGGGUGGGGACGGGACUCGCGGUGAUGAAUAAUAUGGGGCAGAUGGGGCUGGCGAUGGGGUACAGGGAUGUCUCAAUAUUCGUGUCGAUGAUCAGCAUCUGGGGCUUCUUCGGCCGGAUCGGAUCGGGGUCCAUCUCCGAGUACUUCCUCAAGAAAACUGCAACGCCAAGACCAGUAUGGAACGCAGCCUCGCAGGUUCUAAUGGCAAGUGGUUACGUGGUCAUGGCCUUGGCCUGGCCGGGAUCCCUCUACGUUGGAUCCAUCGUGGUCGGGAUAUGCUACGGCGUCCGUAUCGCCAUCACAGUCCCUACUGCCUCUGAGCUCUUUGGCCUCAAGUACUAUGGCCUCAUCUACAACAUACUCAUUUUAAACCUUCCACUUGGCUCCUUCCUCUUCUCUGGCCUCCUCGCUGGGCUUCUCUACGACUCCCAGGCAAUCAAGAUGGCUGGAGGUGGCAACAUGUGUGUCGGUACCAACUGUUACAGGCUUGUGUUUCUGAUCAUGGCCUUUGCAUGCCUCAUUGGGUUUGGAUUGGAUGUGUUAUUGGCCGUCCGAACAAGGAAGGUAUACUUGAAGAUUCACAAUGAUAAGAAAUCGAGGAAGAUGGCAGCAGGGCGACAGAUGAUUGAGUAGCAAUUCUUCAAUUGUUGUUCUUUCUUUGGUUGGAUAUGUUGAUCUUAGACGGCAUGGAGGAUGGCAUCAGCCUUUGUAGAGAGUUUCACCAAGAAAGGGAAAGUGGCAAGUGAUUUUGGUGAUUUAGGCUUUCUGGCUUGUUUUAGUUGGUAGGCAAAAGAAGAUUGUAGAAUUGAAACAUGGGAAUACUGAAGUUCUAAAAACAAUGUCUUCUUAUUUUCUGGAAGCACGUUUCUGCUUCUAGACAACAAAUUGCUGAACAAGGAUAUGGCUGGGGCACUUGGAUGGCUUCUACUGUGAAUCUGAAGUAGAAAUAGUAAAAGUAACCUGUACCGAUAAACUGAUGCAAGCCCAUAUAAAGAUCACUCAUUUCUU